ACUUGCCUCGAUUAUCAAGCCUCUUAGCAGAAACAACUAUUGUUGAAAUUCAUCGUGCAGAUCCUCAGGAGGAGCUAGGGAUUCGGAUAGUGGGUGGUAAAGAUACACCACUGUGUAACAUUGUGAUUCAGGAGAUUCUUCGGGACAGCGUUGUUGCUAGAAAUGGAAAGCUUGCACCUGGAGACCAUAUAACAGAGGUAAAUGGUGUGAACAUCACCAGUGUUCCACACAGCUACGCCAUCAAGGUACUGAGGCAGCCCAGCACUGUCUGUCGGCUCUCAGUGCUGCAGGAAAGAGGCUUUGCCAUUCGAAGUUCUUCACAAGAAAGGAGCAACAGCAGCCACAAGCAGAUUCUGAAUGUAACUUUGCACAAAAGGGACCGAAGCGAACCAUUGGGGAUUAAACUGAUUCGGAAGGCGGAUGAGCCAGGAGUGUUUAUUUUGGAUCUCCUGGCUGGUGGCUUGGCUGCUCGGGAUGGAAAGCUGCGUAAUAAUGACAAAGUGCUUAUGAUUAAUCAGCAGGACCUCAAAAACGGAACUCCAGAAAUUGCAGCACAGAUAAUCCAGUCCAGUGAAGGAAAUGUUAACUUUGUGAUUCAGAGGUACACUGGUCAGCAAAGCUCAGAGAUUAUUGAUGAAGCUGGAUCAAGCAACAGCAGUCCCCCACGCCAGCGCAGUAAAUCACUGCAGCAUCAUUGCCGUCGACGCUCCCAUUACCAAAAGGAUCCUUCCCAGAAUUCACUGUGCCUGGAGAAGACAGUUCCAGUGAGAAAGGAGCCUCGUGAGUCUCUGGGAAUAACUAUUUCAGGUGGUCGUGAAAAUAAGUAUAAGGUACCGAUCUAUGUGACCAGCAUCCAGCCAGUGGGCUGCCUCUAUAGAGAUGGCAGAAUCAAAAAGGGAAAUGUACUGCUGAGCAUAAAUGGAGUAGACCUCACACAGUUGAGUUAUAAUGAAGCAGUGUCAGUUCUCAAAUUGAAUACAGCCUCCUCUGCAGUGCUGCUAAAGGUUUUGGAUUUGCCAAAUGCUGAGAUGGCACCAACAUCUGAGGAGCUCAUGGAAGCAGGCAAGGAAAGUGAUUAUGAUUGGUCCCCUCUCUGGGUCACAUGGCUAGGGUUACCAAGUUAUCUUCACUGUUGCAAUGACAUUACUCUGCAUAAGAGUAAUUCUGAAAGCUGGGGAUUUAGCAUCGUUGGGGGUGUAGAGGAAAGCCAAGAAAACCAGCCUUUCUUUAUCAAAACCAUUGUACCGGGCACACCAGCAUACUUUGAUGGAAGACUCAAAUGCGGGGAUGAGAUUGUAGCUGUAAAUGGAGUUUCCACUGCAGGCAUGAGCAAUUCAGCUGUAAUUCCAAUGCUAAAAGAACAGAGGAACAGAGUCACUCUUACUGUCGUCUCAUGGCCAGGAAGUAAUGUGUGAAAGAAAGUGAACUGAUGAGACAUUUUCCUUCAAAACUUAAAUAAUGAAAUGGCACAGUACAACUUAGAAAACAAGAAACCACCUCAUUAUGUGGUCAAGUAGAAAAAUACGAGAUUACCAAAGUGCAUUUGUCAAACUUUUUUUAAAAAUACAGACCUGUGAUUUCACUUUACUCCAGCAAAAUACCAAAUAGUUUAAAAAUGCAAUGAGUGAAUCAUGGGGUGGUGGGAUAAAAGUCAAAGGCUGACUAUAAUUUCCAAACAGAUGUCCAGUGUAUGAGUUCCCACAUUCAACAAUCUGAGUCAAUUUGUUAAUGUAAUUUUGUGGUCAUACAGAUGAUCAUAUACAAGGAUGUCAUAGUUGGGCUGCUUCCGAGGGCAGGAUGAAGCAUUUCUAAUAGUAUGGCUAUAGCCAAAGCAAAAAUUUUCUCUUGGGGCAGAAACCUAAACUUGCAUAUGACUAUUGACAAUGUCAGGACUCCUAUUCAGAUUAUCCUUUCCUUGGAUCUUGUAGCAGUUCACCGAUCUCCAAUUUUAUCUGGUUUUUGGAUACUACAGGAUGCUGCUUUAACCUCUGUAGGCAAUUUGAGUUAUUGAAGAACUUCUGUGCUAAAGCCACAUGGAACAUUCCAACAAAGUGGGCAUUGGUACCUGGUAGCCUGGAAAUGAAUCAGCUGAGAAACAAAUGGGGAGAAAAGUAAAUACUGUAAUCUCUAGUUUAAGUUUGCUAGAAUUAAAAUUUUUCAUUCGGCAGAAAAAUCACUGCUGUAUUUUCUUAAAACUGCAAGUUUGCAUUAUAUAAUCCUCCAGGUUGUUGCAAUUUAAUAUGGUUCCUGUUUACAUCUGUGGAAAAAUGUUUUUGCACUGGAGACUUUAAAAUGCUGCUGUAAGUUAAAUUAUGAAACCUAAGAAAAUUGGUUGAGGUUGUACAACUGA